AUGGUUUCGUGGAGUGAUGACAGCGAGGAAUCGGGCUACGAGUACUCUUUAGGCGGCUCCCCUAUCAAGAUCCCGGCUACAAUCGAGGACCCGAACUACUCUGGUGUUGACGAUGAGGUGAUGGUGAUGUGUGAGCAUGGCCAGCCAGCAAAGAGGCAUGUUUGCUUCUCAGGCAUUAGCACUGGGAGGAGGUUCCUUGCCUGUGGACUUGAUGAAGCAAGCAGCUGUGGUGUUGUUCAGUGGGUAGAUGAGGAGUGGCCAGAGCAUCUGCAGAAUGCUCUUCACAAACUAUGGCUUUUGUAUGAGGAUUGCCAGCGUGCUAAUAGGAUGGCAUGUCUGGAACAUGCAUCACUUGUCCACAAUCUCACAUCACAGAAGAACAAGCUACAGGAGACUUAUGAGAAGCUUGUUGAGGAUGUGAACAACCUACUUGAUACCCAGGACAAUAUUCCCAAGGAAAAUGAAGUCCAACAAGGUGAACAUGAGGAGAUCACUCCUCCUUUGGACAACAAUAUUUCAGCUUUGAAGGAACAGCUGGGUGCAAUGGAUGCUGAGAACAAAGAACUCAAGCAAAAGGUUGACCAGUUGAGGAGCAUUCAGGUUGCCCAAGGUAAUGUGAUUAGGAAUAUGAAGUUUGCUCAUUUGAAGGAGAAGGAAAAGUUGAGCACUGAGAGGAGGAAUUUGGAGUUUCACAUUGCUGAUCUUGUCAAAGCUAGUGACAAGAACAAGAGAAAGCUGAAGGACAUCAAGGAUAUUUGUGAUGAAGAGUGA